AAGGGAAGAAUUUUGGUUUUCGUGCUGUACCGUGUAAGAAUAUAACAGAAAAAGAGAAAGAAGUGACCGAGUGGAGUGAAAUCGGAGAAAAUGGAGGUUGCCAAAGUCGGAGUGUGGGAAGGGCUGAUGAAAACCCAUCAAAAGUCGCUUAAAGCUUUAUUCAGUCGCAAGAGCAGUAAUGGAGACCCGAACGAAUCCCAAGAGUUUCGCAUUCCUCAUUUUUCUCCGCUCGCCAACUCUGUUGUCUCUCGCUCUUCCAGAAUACUUCAAAUUCCUACUGAAGAAUUACAGCAUCAUUUUGGAACAGAGCCACCUGAGAAUGCUAAAGAACUUCAGACUUAUGCAAGACAUUUUUUAGAAUUUUGCUCUUACCAAGCUUUACAGAUAGUGAGUAAGCGCUCAGAUUACUUAAGCGAUAAGGAGUUCCGUCGUUUGACUUUUGACAUGAUGCUUGCAUGGGAGGAUCCUGUAGUUAAGAGUAAACCGGUACAGAAAGUGAUUGAAUCCAGCAUUAAUCAGGAAGUAGAGGAUGAAAGUGGGUGGUCACUUUUCUAUUCAAGUUCUACAAACAUGGCUGUUCAGGUCGAUGAGGAGAAAACUGUUGGACCUGAGGCUUUUGCACGGAUAGCUCCUGCUUGUGCAGCUGUUGCUGAUAUAAUCACGGUGCACAAUCUUUUUGAUGCACUGGCAGCUUCUACUGGUCAUCGACUUCAUUUUCUUGUAUAUGACAAAUACAUAAGAAACCUUGACAAGAUUAUUAAGGCUGCGAAAAAUGCAUUGGUCUCUUCUAUCGGAAAUCUCAAGCUUGCUGAGGGAGAAAUUGUCCUUGAUGUUGAUGGUUCAGUUCCUACACAACCAGUUUUGCAACAUAUCGGUAUCUCUGCAUGGCCUGGGCGGCUGACACUGACUAAUUAUGCUCUGUACUUUGAAUCACUGGGAGUUGGGUUGUAUGAUAAAGCUGUUAGAUAUGAUCUCGCAACCGAUAUGAAGCAGGUCAUAAAACCUGAAAUGACUGGACCAUUGGGUGCAAGAAUUUUUGAUAAAGCGGUUAUGUACAAAUCAACAUCUAUAGCAGACCCUGUUUAUUUUGAAUUUCCUGAAUUCAAAGGGAGUUCUCGCCGGGAUUAUUGGUUGGAUAUUGGUCUGGAGAUCUUUUAUGCACACCGGUUUAUCAGGAAAAAUAACCUGAAAGGAACUCAAAAAUCAGAAGCUCUUUCACGGGCUAUUCUGGGAAUCUUUCGGUAUCAUGCAAUUAGGGAAGCGUUCCGCUUUUCCUCAUCACAAUACAAGACCUUACUUCCUUAUAACCUCGCUGAAAGUCUACCAAGGGGAGAUUUUAUAUUGGAAACUCUGUUAAGUAGAUUGAUCCUUAUAAAUGCUGAUACUACCCAUCGUGAUGUUUCUGGUGGGAGUUCAUCAGCAAAACAGGUGCCAAAAGCAUCUCCAGUUUCACUUCUGGCACUUCUGCAUCUCGGAUUCAUAUUGCAAAAAGAGGUAAUGCUUGAUGAAAAAGCAAUAAUAGUUGGGGACAUUUGUGUUGGUGAGACCAAUCCCUUAGAAACAGCGGUGAAACAGUCAGUGUCAGACACAAGUAGUGCUGAAGCUGCUCAGGCAACUAUAGACCAAGUGAAGGUUGAAGGAAUCGAUACAAAUGUUGCAGUGAUGAAGGAACUACUGUUUCCGGUUAUUGCAAUAGCUAGCCGGCUCCAACUUUUGGCUUCAUGGGAAGAGUCUUAUAAAUCAAUAAUGUUUAUGUUGCUCACCUGCUACUGUAUUUUCAGGGGUUGGAUUAGAUAUAUAUUGCCAUUCCUUUUUCUAUUUGUUGCGGUUAUCAUGCUCUGGCGAAGGCAUUUUAACAAAGGGAAGCCCUUAGAACCCUUCAGAGUUACAGCGCCCCCAAAUCGAAAUACUGUUGAACAGCUACUGACAUUACAAGAAAUUAUUUCUCAAGUUGAAGCCUUGAUUCAAAGUGGGAAUAUCGUUCUCUUGAAGAUUAGAGCUCUCAUGUUUGCCGUACUACCACGGGCGACGGACGGAGUGGUUCUAUUGCUUGUUUUCUUGGCUGGAGUCUUCGCAUUUGUACCUUUCAAAUACAUCAUUAUGGUAAUUUUCCUUGAGGCUUACACUAGGGAAAUGCCUUACAGGAAAGAAAGCAGUGACAAGAUAUUUAGAAGAGCUAGAGAAUGGUGGGUCCGGAUACCAGCUGCUCCUGUUCAGCUUAUUAAACCCGAAAGUGACAAGAAAAAGAAGUCGUAGUUCUAUAUGUAAUAUAACCAAGACUUCAGUUUCAAACUUCCAUCUUCUUCCAUUUGUUCUAUGUAUAUAAAAAUUUUAGCUUGCAACUGUUUGUUCCUUUUGGCAGGAGAUAAAGGUUAAUGCAAAAUAUCAUACACUUAAUUUUUUUUUUCA